AUGCGAAGAACAGUGGCAUUUUUAGUAGUGGCGUUAGUAAGUGGUUGUUGUCAUCAUGCGGACGCUGGGGCAGCUUUGAAAUUGUCCGCAAUAAAAGCGUUAUGUAAUACCUCAAAAAAACUAAAGGCUGUGCACGGUUUCGUCGAGCAGAAACUCAUGGAGGCUGACAGAAAACUCGAGGAAGUCCAACUGCUCCAGAAAGUCGUACGACUGAAAUUAUUGACAGAAUGGAACAAAGGACUGAAGUGUGGAACACUAAGAGUAUUCCUUACACAGGUAAGAAUCAAUGAGCAGAACAUGGUCAGGGAAGUGGACGAGUUGUGGGACGUUGGAAGGAGAUUAGUGGGAGAAGCGGGCAUUGCCGCAGGAAGAUUGGAUGAAAUGGUGUCCGUUUUCGUUCAGGCCCAUAGAGACGCGAAUAACUCUUGCAUCGGUGGUCUAAGUGUGAAUUUCCCUGAAGAAGUGCUACCCAGCUGCUACGCCAAGAACAAAGACAGCGGUGAGUGGGAGUCUCUCAAAAUUACAGAAGGCGAAAACCUUUUUGAAAAUCCGUUCGAAAUGAAUUUGGAAAGCGUGCUUCACGAUAGCUUGCUUGUGGAUGGAGGUGACCCAAGGCACGACUUUGGCAAGGAUUUGGGAUGCCAGCUUACAGUUGGGAAGGCGGGCGGUGGCUAUAUGGGAAAUGGCGAUCUCUCUGAGAAUAUCAUAUGGGGUGACGGAGUGCUCGGUGUCGUCAAGUCGGGAUCCCAGAUGACGGGGUUUAAGGGAAACACCCGGGCGACAACGUAUGACACCGCAGUGGUGUGGGAGGAAAAUCCAACGGGAGGGAAUCCCACCCUAGUAAAGGUGGUGAAAGACUAUAAACUAUUUGCAGAACUGGAAAGAAAAGUCGACGCGUCGCAUAAACAUUUAGUAGAUCGUUUCGUUCAGGAGAAUCUGUAUGUGGAGGAUCUCGGGACACUUGGGAGGAAAGCAAAUUCUGCUGUUGAUAAAAACACGGAGGGGGAAGAUGACGAAGAAGAAAAGAGCAUGGAGGACUGGGUGGCGCAAGUGGAUGGGGAACGUGUGGAGGACAGGCUUCUGGGGGAAGAGUUGAAGGAUUGUGGGGUAUAA